UGAAGAAAAAAAGCGAGGAAUCCAAGAACUUAGUUGUAUGUCCGGUAGUUGCUUACAUCCGUAUUUUGUUACUUCGGAGGAGAAAGGAGUGUUUAUUUAAUACUAAAUUAUAUCUGUGAAAUCUAUUAAAAACUCAGAAUGCCUGCGGAUCCUUCCGAAGAAGUUGCCGGACCUCAGGUCCCCAAAACAGAGCUGGAGGAGUUGCAGAUUGCAGCACAAGGAGUAGCUGAUGAGUCACUGGAAAGUACGCGGCGAAUGCUUGCUCUCUGCGAAGAGAGCAAGGAAGCAGGAAUACGUACACUUGUAGCCCUUGAUGAUCAAGGAGAACAACUGGACCGCAUUGAAGAAGGAAUGGAUCAAAUUAAUGCGGAUAUGAGAGAAGCAGAAAAAAAUUUGAGCGGAAUGGAGAAGUGCUGCGGUAUUUGUGUGCUACCGUGCAAUAAGAGCCAGUCUUUCAAAGAGGACGAUGGAACUUGGAAAGGAAAUGAUGAUGGAAAAGUUGUAAACAAUCAACCUCAAAGAGUUAUGGAUGACAGAAAUGGAAUGAUGGCACAAGCAGGAUAUAUUGGCAGAAUUACAAAUGAUGCGAGGGAGGAUGAAAUGGAAGAAAAUAUGGGACAGGUUAAUACAAUGAUUGGAAACCUCCGUAACAUGGCUCUUGAUAUGGGUUCUGAGCUAGAAAAUCAAAAUAACCAAGUUGACAGAAUUAAUCGCAAGGGGGAAUCUAAUGAAGCCAGAAUAGCUGUAGCUAACCAAAGAGCCCAUCAGCUUCUAAAAUAAAGAGAUUCUAAGACGACGUGUACAUACAUUCCAUAGCCUAUUCAAUACAUGUUCAUUUUUAUCUUAAUUUUCGGUUACCUACUCAGUGCUCCAAUAGUGGUAAUCUAAUUGUCACGAGACUUAAUAUUGGCCUAAUACGAAUAUAUUUGAAAAAAGGUAGAGUU